CUUUUGUUUUUGGAGACACCGACUCCUUUACAGUACAGACGAGAUACCACGGAUGGCUCAACGUGAGGCGAUUUACGUUUGCCUGCCAGCCGGCCAGUGAUCUGCGGCUUUGCACCUGAGGGCCGCAGGGUGGUCCAUGGUCUCGUCGCCGAAUAAGGAAGGGUUUGAGGAGGGAGCUCAAGCUUGCUUGGGCUCUCCGAAUGGAAAAGCAGAGCAAUGCGUAUCAGCUCCAGGCUGUCACACAGAAUGGAGCUUAUUGCUAUGCGACCGCCCUUCUGCUCCUACACUAGCCUCAGGUCGUCGAAUCUGUGCCGCACUCUGACGGGCGACAACGUCACGAGUUUGGGUGCCGCGACGUAUUGACCGGUACGGUACGCCUUUGUUGCCCCGCCAGGUGGACUUGCGCUCCAUAAUCCCUCUCAGAUACCCCUACAUCUGGCUCGAGUAGACAGAAAACAUCCAGCCUCCAGCACGCCACAAUAUUCUUUCCGAGACAUCAUCCCAAGCAGAGCAGGUCACUUCCCUGUCCUUUGUUCUUUCGGGCUCGAAAGUACCCCAAUUAUUCCCCAGCCCGCACCGAACCCCGCGCAGAGAGCUUCCCAACCCCGCGAUCCCCGGAGUUCCCGACAUCGUUUUGCUUUCGAGUCGCUAGUCACGAUACCCCCUUCUCCACGUCGCCCGCCAAGCCGCAGCUCACAAAAUGACCGUAACGGAGCUCGCCCUCAUCCAGUUCAAGGAGCCGCUGACCGAGGAGCUCAAGGAGCUCAUGGACUACUGCCAGACGGUCCAGGACACUUGGGUGCUGCGCCAGAAGCCGGGCCUCCCGCCAACCCGGAUAGACCGCGGCACCGCCAUCCUCCAGCAGGUCGAAGACCCGAGUGUGAUCCUACUGGCAGCGCAGUGGGACUCGCCACAGGCGCACGGCGAAUGGAUCGCCUCGCCCGAGAACCAGAACGUCAUGGCCAAGCUGACGCCGCACAUCCACGUCGAAGGCCCCCGGAGUGUCUUGUUCUUUCACAUUGAUGCGCCCAUCUUUGCGAAGCCCGUCACCCAGGCGGGCGCGGCUGAUGGUGAGCCUGCGGGCCGUGACACCACGCCGGAGGCGGCGAAUGAGGCAGAUGCCGACGGAAAGCUGGCGGGCGCAGAGCUGAAUCCGCAGUCAAAGGGCAAGCAGCCAGAAGCUGUCGCGGCGGCACCAGAGGGAGAGAGCAAAGCCGAGGGGAAGAAGAAGGCGGAGGACGAACCCCCCUCGCUACUGACGGCGCCAGUGCUCAGCGUCGGGCGCUUCGGCGUCCGGUCCGAGAAAAAGGACGAGUUCAUCAGCAAGUACGCUGCGGCCAACUGGGUCGUUGAGGAAGCCUCAAAGCCGUACCCUGUCCGCGGCGGGUGGCGGAUCGAGAAGGCGGCUGAGGACCUCGAGGAGUUUGUCAUGUACUGCGGGUGGUCGACGGUCGAGCAGCAUAAGGCGAUCGCGCAGCACGAGGGGUUCAAGGAGUGGGCAGGCAUCCAGGAAUUCGUAACGGGGACUGACAUCUGGCAUUACCAGCGCAUCAUGUAGGGU